ACCUGCAAUCGCAUCCUACCCUCCAUCUUUCUUCAUUUCUUAGAUUAUUCCCCGAAACAUUUCACUUAUUUCAAUUCAAUCCCCUUCCAGUGGAAAGCAAUGCUUCUGAGAUCAGUUUCAUCCUUGUAUGCCCAACCCAAGAACGGGGAAAAUCUAAUUUAUUCCCCUAAGGGUUCCUCUGUUUUUCCUUCUCCAUCAACCCUGAGUUUUCCUUCUGGAAAACAUGGAAGGAAUUCGGGUGUUUAUGCAUCCAUAGGAACAGACAAUUCUGCACUUACAGGAGUAGUGUUCCAGCCCUUUGAAGAGGUGAAGAAGGCGGAGCUCGGUAUUCCCAUGGCCCCUGACCGUUCACUUGCUCGACAGAAAUACGCCGACGACUGUGAAGCCGCUAUUAACGAGCAAAUCAAUGUGGAGUACAAUGUUUCCUAUGUGUACCACUCGAUGUACGCUUACUUCGACAGAGACAACGUUGCUCUCAAAGGUUUAGCCAAAUUUUUCAAGGAAUCCAGUGAAGAAGAAAGAGAGCAUGCGGAGAAGCUGAUGGAAUAUCAGAACAUACGAGGAGGAAGAGUAAAACUACACUCGAUUCUGACGCCGCCAUCAGAGUUUGAACAUUAUGAGAAGGGAGAUGCACUAUACGCUAUGGAACUAGCAUUGUCGUUGGAGAAGCUGACGAACGAGAAGCUUUUGAACCUGCACAACGUGGCCGAGCAAAACAAUGAUGCUCAGAUGACGGAGUUCGUCGAAAGGGAGUUUUUAACCGAGCAGGUUGAAGCCAUUAAGAAGAUAUCGGAGUAUGUUUCUCAACUGAGGCGGGUCGGAAAAGGACAUGGUACUUGGCACUUUGAUCAAAUGCUCCUCGAUGAGGGGGCGUGAUGCUUGUAUGAUCGACAUCUAAAUGCUCAAUCUUUUUGUCGUUCAAGUGUUUCAGAGACGUUCUACUAUAUAUAUGAGCAAAUAAAGUGGUGUUGUAGGAUAUCAUUGUAACUACUCCUUAGCUUUGGCAUGUAAGAUAAAAUAAAAUGCUUUGUUUUUAGUCCCA